CCUGCUUUGCUCGCUGCUGCUUGGUCUCUGCGGGCCCCGCCUGCCCUGGCUUCUCCCGGGGCUUGCCGCGUGCUUGCUCCUGUACGGGAUUGCUGGAAAGCUGGGUGCCGAGGACCCGAUGCUUGUAGGCACAAGUGCCAACUGCUUGGGCCAGCUGACUUCAAGGGAUCCCUUCCAAUCUUACAUUAUGUGAUUCCUUUUCCCCUUCCCUUUUUCCUUUUCCCCUUCACCCUUUUCUCCUUGCCUUCCCCCUAAAACCUGAUCUGUACCCACUGAAUUUUCCAAACAUCUCUAUUUCAGACUCAGGAGGACUUGGGCUCUGAAAAGUUUUGUUCCCUCAUCUGAGAAAGAUAAUUAUUUUACCUACAAAUCUCACUUUUGACCUUUUUCUUUGUAGGAUGAACACUGUGUGCCUUUUUUCUUUCAUAUCUUCAGAGGCACAUGCAGACACUGCCUGCAAGAACCGGCCCCUCGACCUCGUCUUCAUCAUCGACAGCUCCCGCAGCGUCCGACCUGAAGAGUUUGAGAAAGUGAAAAUCUUUUUGUCAGAAAUGAUCGAUACUCUGGAUGUUGGUGAAAGAACAACCCGUGUGGCAGUCAUGAAUUACGCCAGCACUGUCAAAGUAGAGUUUCCCCUCCGGACCUACUUUGAUAAAGCCUCCAUGAAGGAGGCCGUGUCUCGCAUUCAGCCCCUGUCUGCUGGCACCAUGACUGGCCUUGCCAUCCAAGCUGCCAUGGAUGAAGUCUUCACUGAGGAGAUGGGUACCCGGCCAGCCAACUUCAAUAUCCCCAAGGUGGUCAUUGUUGUGACAGACGGACGACCACAAGACCAGGUUGAAAAUGUGGCAGCAAACGCCCGCACGGCUGGGAUUGAGAUCUACGCAGUGGGGGUAGGCCGUGCUGACAUGCAGUCCCUGAGGAUCAUGGCCAGUGAGCCGCUGGAUGAACACGUCUUUUAUGUGGAGACCUAUGGUGUGAUUGAGAAGCUGACAUCCAAGUUCCGAGAGACAUUCUGUGCUGUGAACACAUGUGCACUUGGGACCCAUGACUGUGAGCAGGUCUGCGUUAGUAAUGGUGGAUCCUACCUCUGUGAUUGCUAUGAAGGCUACACUCUGAAUCCAGAUAAAAGAACUUGCUCAGCUGUAGAUGUGUGUGCGCCUGGGAGGCAUGAAUGUGAUCAGAUCUGUGUGAGUAACAAUGGAUCCUAUGUCUGUGAAUGCUUUGAAGGCUACACCCUAAAUCCAGAUAAGAAGACUUGCUCAGCCAUGGAUGUGUGUGCGCCUGGAAGACAUGACUGUGCCCAAGUCUGUCGGAGAAACGAUGGAUCCUACAGCUGCGACUGCUUUGAGGGAUUCACUCUGAAUCCAGAUAAGAAGACUUGCUCAGCUGUCGACAUGUGUGCACCUGGAAAGCACGACUGUGAGCAGGUCUGCGUGAGAGACGAUCUGUUCUAUACCUGCGACUGCUAUGAGGGCUAUAUCCUGAAUCCAGACAAGAAGACUUGCUCAAGAUCCACAACAAGCAGUCUUGUAACAAAUGAAGAGGCCUGUAAGUGUGAAGCCAUAGCUGCACUGCAGGAUUCAGUCACCUCGCGCCUCGAAGCUCUGUCCACAAAAUUAGAUGAAGUGUCUCAGAAGCUGCAAGCCUAUCAAGACAGACAGCAGGUUGUCUGAGCCAGCAUUCUACUUACCUUCAAAAUGAUCUUUCAUAAGCAAUUCUUUUUAUUGUGUUCAGCAAGCUUUAUUUUGUUGCGCAGCUUACAGCACAGCAGUUGGUUAUUAUUAUUGGCAAGCAUCAAGAAGAUUUCAGGAAGACAACAGUCUUGAAAGUACAGUGACCCUGAGGAUCUUCAUGUACAUUCAUUUUGUAAUGAUAAAGCCACCUAUACCUGCUUUGGUCUGUACUGCAAGGAGUACAGCAGGUAUUUCUGUUCUGCAGUAACUGCAUUUUUAUUGUCUUAUUUAAAAGAAAUACAGGAAAAAAUGAAUGAGUACAGUAUUCACGUCAUAUAAAACUGUGAAAUGGCAAGGCAGAGUAAAAGUGUGCCUAUGGAAUCUGUGCAUUAAAUGGGAAAGUAAUUUGGGGUCUUGUAACUUAUUUUGAUAAAAUAAAGUAUGAUCAAGCACA